AUGAACCAAAGAUCAGAAGCUCGCAUUUCAGAUCUGAUGGUUGUUGUCUCAAAUGUAUUGAAAAAAGAUGUCGUUGAAGUUCAAAUUUACCCAGUUUAUGGCGCUCAGUUUCUUAUUCCAUUAAAGAUUGGCACACCUCCCGUGGCACAAAUUCUUAUCAUGGACACAGGCAGUAUAUUACUUUGGGUCCAAUGUGGGUUCACCAUUGGCGGUGAAGCCUCACCAGCUCCAUUAUACCAGAAUGCAGAUUCUUCAUCGUAUGUUGAAGAUGUGUAUUGUGAGACAUCUAUGUGUGAUUUUAUGACUCUUAAAGGCACAUGUGGUUUCUCGAGGAGAUGUGACUAUACCUUAAACUAUGUGAAAGGUAAGUCUCAGGGACAUCUUGCUUCUGAAGUCGUGACAUUUCAAUCAAAAAAUGGAAGCGAAGAGACCAUCAAACGUCUUGUUUUCGGAUGCUCAAGUAUUUCUCUAGGUGCAGAUGGUUGCAGUGGAGUUCUUGGACUUGGACAGCGACCUGUUUCAUUGGUUUCUCAACAAAAUUACACUGGAUUUUCAUAUUGUAUUGGUAAUAUAAGUGAUGUGAAUUAUGACUCAAACGCGCUGGUUUUGGGAGACAAGCCUAUANCGCCUCCGAUGUUUAUGGUUCUGGGAAAAUACUAUAUAAAUUUAGAAAGAAUCAGUGUUGGGAACAAGUUUCUUGACAUCGACCCGAGUAUAUUCAAGAGGAUCGAUUACAAUGGUGGAAUGCUUGUCGACAGUGGAGCAACUUCAACUUACUUACCUGAGAUAGCAUUCAAGAAAUUGAAGGAGGAAAUUAAAUCUGUGAUAGGUACAACAUUGAAAGAAGUUGCCAAAGGUCCGGAACAACUGUGCUACUAUGGAGAUUUCAACCACGAUCUUCAACACUUCCCAAAGAUAACAUUACAUUUUGCUGAAAAUGCAGAUAUGGAGCUGACAGCUGAAAAUUUGUUUCACAAGAUUGGUUCCCGGUGGCCUGCUGUUGUGCUGCUUGGACCUGGGCCUGGACCUGGAUAG